AUGUCGCAGAACGAGACGAAUGAAGCUAUACAAAAACGAUGGGAAACCAUGAAGCGCAAGGAGAAGGAGAUGAUGCGACUCUGCGACGAUAUCCAGGUCAAAACUCUGGCCUACUACGAUAACGGCAAAUCCCUGGACGAUGAGCGUGCCUUCCUCGAGACGUGUGGACGUAGCUUGCACAACCAGACUCGUAUACAAGAUGCUUGGGACGAAGCUGAAGCCUGGCUGGCAUUUGCAUCGGACAAUUACGAGAAACUUGUAGAGCAGACUGACAAGCUCAAGAAAAUUACCACCGUUCGUAAGAAGCUCCAAGAGCAGUUGGGUAUCGCUCCCACGGAAGAUGGAUACAUUGCUUAUGGAAAAGUCGCUGACACGCACCGCGGUGACGGCGCGCAGAAGUACGUCAACUUUGUGCUUCUCGAUCACGAGCUCGACUCGACAACCAGCGUUCGACACUACAUAGCGGAAAACAUGGGAGGAUCUUCGCUACUUACGAAUGAGGAGUGGCGGCCGCAGGUGUGGUCCGCAAGGCCUGACCGAUAG